AGGAUGGCCCAACGCACGCAAUUCGAAACAGACGCUAUCCGUCCCACAGGCCUGUCAUCUACCAUCGCCGCCCAGCACAGGGUAGACGACAAGCUCAACUCUGCAGAGUACCUCGAUGCUGUGGAGGAGGAGUGGAACAAGCGGGUCGACGCAGAGGUGGAGACGCUCGUUGGGGGCAUGCAGGAUCUUGUCGAGUUGGCUGUUGUCGGGGAGAAAGAUAAACAUCGGAUGUACGAAGAAGCGUUCGAGACGGAGAUGAGGGCGGAGAAUAUGGUCCGCGCUGCCAAUUCUCUCCUGUCGAUCGUCCAUUCCCUCAAGCUGAUGAUAUUGCUCUCUGACGAGGGCCAGGUGGUGGAAAGGCGCCAGAAGGAGCUGGCAGACAUUGAGAGAGAUAUGGAACUGGCUAAGGAGAGGGCGGCGGUGGAAUGGAAGAAACUUGUUGAUGGGGAGGACGUUGGCGAGGUUGAGGAUAAUGAAGAUCAGGAUAUGGACGAGUAA